GGGUGAGGCAGGGGUCCCCACCGUGGGGGGCAACGGGAGCGGGCAGGCCGGUUGAACGGAGGGGCAGUGAGCCUUGGCGGUCUGGUCGGGUGGGCCUGGCGCAGAGGGAUGGAGGGAGCGUCGGAGGGACCCAGGAGGGGCCUGUGGUGCUGCUGCUUGGAGGGAGGGCAGGGCCUGAGCCCGACUGAGCGGCAAGAGCUCGGAAGAUAGGGAAAGGGACAAUGGAGAGGUAAGUGUACAAGACUGAAGUGGCCAGGGCCUAUCUUAGGGAGAAGUGGACUGGCAGCCCACCCCUGUGGGCCAAGGUGUGAGGUCAGGAGGACCCAGGCCUCUUGCCUACCCACCUCCUAGCACAGACUAACCGCUCCCCUGACACCCUCCGAGGCCAGCGAUGGUCCCCCUGGCCUGGCUUCCAGGGUUGCCCCAGGGAUGCUGGGCCAGCAGACAGCUGACCUAUGCCCUCUCCCUGUCGCCUGGCCAGAGGUGCUGCAUGAGGGGCCGCAGGGGUGACCGCAUGACCAUCAGCAUCCAGGAGCACAUGGCCAUCAAUGUGUGCCCCGGGCCCAUCAGGCCUAUCCGGCAGAUCUCGGACUACUUCCCCAGAGGGGGGCCUGGACCUGAAGGCGGGGGUGGGGGCUGCAGGGAAGCCCCAGCUGGUCUGGCCCCCCUGGCCCUUGGCCCCCCAGUGGCCCUACUUGGGGCCACCACACCUGAGGACGGAGCCGAAGCGGACAGCUGUGACUCCGAUGAGACCAGUGAGAUCUCCGUCUGCGACGAGGACAAGCUGAGCCACAACGAGUUCAUCGGGGAGAUCCGCGUGCCGCUGCGGCGCCUCAAACCCGCCCAGAAGAAGCACUUCAACAUCUGCCUGGAGCGCCAGGCCCCGCUGGCCUCGCCCUCGUCCAUGUCGGCUGCACUGAGGGGCAUCUCCUGCUACUUGAAGGAGCUGGAGCAACUGGAGCAGGGCCCUGGGCUGCUGGAGGAGAGAGGCCGAAUCCUGCUGAGCCUCAGCUAUGUCUCCAAGCGCCGGGGGCUGUUGGUGGGCAUUGUGCGCUGUGCCCACCUGGCUGCCAUGGAUGUCAACGGCUACUCAGACCCCUAUGUCAAGACGUACCUGAGGCCGGAUGUGGAUAAGAAAUCCAAGCAUAAAACGUGUGUGAAGAAGAAAACCCUCAACCCCGAGUUUAAUGAGGAGUUCUUCUACGACAUGGACCUCCCCGCUCUGGCCACCAAGACUCUGGAGGUCACCGUGUGGGACUACGACAUUGGGAAAUCCAACGAUUUCAUCGGUGGCGUGUCCCUGGGGCCAGGUGCCCGCGGGGAGGCCCGGAAGCACUGGGGCGACUGUCUGCAGCAGCCGGACGCAGUCCUGGAGCGCUGGCACACCUUGACGAGCGAGCUGCCUGCUGCUGCUGGGGCCUUGCCCUCGGCCUGAGCUGCCGCUCCCAGG